UACGAGACGGCGGAGGGGGUGAGGGGAGGUGGCAGUGAGGUUACCCGGGCGGGGACGAAGUGCGCGGGUCGGGCACGGCUCGGGGGGACGGCCGAGGACCCAGGGGCCACUCGAAUGGAGACUGCGGGCUUCGUGGGCAGCCACCAUGUUCAACCAGCAGCAGCCGCUCCAGCAGCUCCAGCAGCAGCAGCUUCAACAACAGCAGUUGCUGCAGCUCCAGCAGCUGCUCCAGCAGUCCCCACCGCAGGCCCCACUGCCCAUGACCGUCAGCAGGGGGCUCCCCCCGCAGCAGCCACAGCAGCAGCUCCUGACUCUCCAGGGGACCAGCCCCACCUCCCUCCUCAACGGCUCUGUGCUGCAAAGAGCUUUGCUUCUGCAACAGUUACAAGGACUGGACCAGUUUGCAAUGCCACCAGCCAUGUAUGACAGUGCCGGUCUCACCAUGCCCACGGCAACACUGGGUAACCUCCGUGGCUACAACCUGGCAACCCCCAACCUGACACCCCCCAGCCUCACACCCCCACAGCUGGCCACCCCAAAUCUCCAGCAAUUCUUUCCUCAGGCCACUCGGCAGUCCCUGCUGGGCCCUCCUCCCGUCGGGGUCCCCAUCAACCCCUCCCAGCUCAACCUUUCAGGGCGAACCCCUCAGAAACAGGCCCGGACCACCUCUGUGACCCCCAAUCGCAAGGAUUCUUCUUCUCAGACGAUGCCUGUAGAGGACAAGUCAGACCCCCCAGAGGGGUCUGAAGAAGCCGCAGAGCCCCGAACAGACACACCUGAAGUCUCUCACCUGCCCUCCAUCCCAGACCAAGAACCUCCCCAAUGCCCAGAUGACAUCGCUAAGGAGAAACGCACUCCAGCACUUGAGCCUGAGUCUUGUGAAGCCUCUGAGCCGCCAGCUAAAAAGACAAAGAGCUCAGAGGAGCCCGCAGAGAAGGGGCCCCCAGGGCAGCUGCAGGCAGAGGUCCAGCUGCAGACCCGGAUGAUGGCACCCAAGCAGACACAGACACCCGAGCUGCUGCCUGAGCCCCUGGAAGCCCGAGUGCAGCCACGAUUUCAGCCCCGGGUCCUGCAGAUCGCAGCCCAGGUGCAGCCACAGACCAAGCCUCAGACGCUCCCCGUAAAUGUCCAGGUGCAGCCAAAGCUGCAGAAGCAGGCACAAACGCAGACCUCUCCAGAGCACUUAGCCCCGCAGCAGGUGCAGCGGCAGCCGCAGAAGGAGGUAGAGCCACGAAGACAGGCGCAGCCGCAGGCACAGCCGCAGCCCCCCAGGCACGUGCAGCCACUGCUACAGAAGCAGGCACAGACGCAGACAUACCCAGAGGUCCAGACGGAAGCACAGCUGAGGCUCCAGCCGCCGGAGCAGCCACCCAAGCAACCCCCGGUGCGGUUACCGGUGCAGCCCCCGGAACCGACCCAGGGACGGCCUCAGACUCAGCCCCAGGCGUCGGUGCCAGCGUUGGAGAAAGCCCCAGUUCUGGUUUCCUCCACAGCGCCGGAAACUUUGCCUGACACAGUAGAAGCUGGAGCAGGCCCAGAGGAGGCCCCGCCAGAGCCAGUUGGCGCCCAGGUCAGUGUGGAGGAGAGCCAGGAGGAGUUGAAUGGUGGCCUGGAUGUGGCAGAAUGUGAAAGAAGAGCAAGAGAGAUGCUGGGGGUGUGGGGGGCCGGGGGCUCCCUGAAGGUCACCAUCCUGCAGAGCAGUGACAGCCGGGCCUUUAGCACCGUACCCCUCACACCUGCGCCCCGGGCCGGCGACUCUACCUCUGCCACCCCUGCGGUGGCCAGCACACCCUCUAAGCAGGCCCUUCAGUUCUUCUGCUACAUCUGCAAGGCCAGCUGCAGUAGCCAGCAGGACUUCCAGGAGCACAUGUCGGGAGCCCAGCACCAGCAGCGGCUCGGCGAGAUCCAGCACAUGAGCCAAGCCUACCUGCUUUCCCUGCUGCCCGUGCCCCGGGAUGUCCUGGAGAGAGAGGACGAGGAGCCUCCCCCCAGGCGCUGGUGCCACACCUGCCAGCUCUACUACGUGGGGGACCUGAUCCAGCACCGCAGGACGCAGGACCACAAGCUCGCCAAACAAUCCCUGCGACCUUUCUGCACCAUUUGCAAUCGCUACUUCAAGACCCCCCGCAAGUUUGUGGAGCAUGUGAAGUCCCAAGGCCAUAAGGACAAAGCCAAGGAGCUGAAGACGCUGGAGAAGGAUAUAGCCGGCCAAGACGAGGACCAUUUCAUCACGGUGGACGCUGUGGGCUGCUUUGAGGGCGAUGAAGAAGAGGAGGAGGAUGACGAGGAGGAAGAAGAGAUCGAGGCUGAGGAGGAAUUCUGCAAGCAGAUGAGAUCCAGAGACAUAUCCGUAGAGGAGUGGAAAGGCUCGGAGACCUACAGCCCGAACACCGCAUACGGGGUGGACUUCCUGGUGCCCGUGAUGGGCUACGUCUGCCGCAUCUGCCACAAGUUCUACCACAGCAACUCGGGGGCGCAGCUCUCCCACUGCAAGUCCUUGGCCCACUUCGAGAACCUGCAGAAGUACAAGAAGGCCAAGAAACCCAGCCCCACCACCAGGCCCGUGAGCCGCCGGUGUGCCAUCAACGCCCGGAAUGCCCUGACUGCUCUGUUCACCUCCGGUGGCCGUGCGCCCAGCCAGCCCAGCACCCAGGACACAGCCAAAACCCCCAGCAAGAAAGGUCCUAGAGCCCAGAGAAGCUGAGCACAUCACCCAGGGUCACACAGCAUGGCUGAUGCUGUCUCAGCUGGUCUGGGGGAGCAACCUCUGGCCAGGAGCAUAUCCAGUGGGGAGGAAGCCCUGACCUCACCUGUACCUCUGUGCCCAGAAAUACAAGAAGGCCAAGAACCCCAGCCCCACCACCAGGCUUGUGAACCACCAGCGUGUGAUCAAUGCCUCCACUGCCCUGUUCACCUCUGGCGGCCACUGGGGUCCUCAUCCCAGGAUACAGAAGAGAGAGAAGGCACAGUGGUGUU